AUGGCGUGUCUUAGAAAACUGAAGGACGACAUUUCUGUUCUUGAAUCUCUUUUUCCAAAAAACCAUGAGCGGUUACAGGUACUGGUCGCAUCUGUCGACGAGAUCACGUUGAGGUUCAUAGAUGGGACUGGGCGGUCGGUCAUCAUCAAUGCCAACAUCUUGGAGGAUUAUCCACGUCAAGCUCCUUUGUGGUUCAGCGAGUCAGACGAUGCAGUAAUUUGUUCCGCAUUAGAAAGACUGUCCUCAGGAGCCGACCACCAGAAUUGCUUACUUGCACAGAUACACAAAUUGGUCUCUGAACUUUGUCGUCAAUAUAACGUCACAAUACCAUCAGAAUUAACGCGUUUGGCUCCUCCCGACGAAGACGAUUUGAAAGACGAAGGACAAGGCAGCGAUAUGGAAUCGGAGGAUGAAGAAGGCGAGGAAUUAGUUGAGAUUGCCGAAGUUGACAUGACAGAGGAGGAGCCCCAUGGUAGCACGGACGACGAUGUUUCGCCAGAAGGAAAGGAAAUGCUUGAAAAAAUCACUAGAUCGACUCGUCAACAGCAUCUAAAUGGAAACAUUCAAGGAUCUGUAACGGCUACCGAUCGUUUGAUGAAAGAAAUGAGGGAUAUCUACAAGAGCGAACAUUUCAAGAACGGUGUUUAUUCUAUUGAGUUGCGUGAUGGCGAUAACCUGUACGAGUGGUGGGUGAAACUUUACAAGGUGGAUUCCGAUAGUGCUCUGUACUCGGACCUUCUUACCUUAGCCACCGAACACAAGCAGGAUCACAUACUCUUCCACUUCCUCUUUAAUGAAAAUUUCCCUUGUGAUCCACCUUUCGUACGUUUGGUGUCACCAACGGUUUCCAACGGAUAUGUUCUCGGUGGUGGAGCAAUAUGUAUGGAGCUGUUGACGAAGCAAGGAUGGUCAUCAGCAUAUUCGAUCGAGUCGCUCAUCCUACAGAUAGCAGCGACUCUUGUCAAGGGGAAGGCUAGGAUACAAUUUGAGGCUAAGGCGCAAUACAGUCUUGCAAGAGCUCAGCAGUCGUUCAAAUCACUGGUACAGAUUCAUGCUAAGUCGGGCUGGUAUACACCGCCCACAACUGAGGGAUAA